AUGAACUGUGAGGAGAUAUGGAAAGCCUUCACAAAUGCAUUUCUUUCCAAGAACCCUUGUAAAAUUGCAGAAGAAGACUAUCAACCGUUAAUAAAGAUGGUCAAGCAAAGUUUACCUUGCAACAAGAUCCUGUUUUGGAGCAAGACAAAGACCUUGGCCCAUGACUACACAAAGGACCAUAAGGAUAUGUUCACCCUGGAGAACACCCUGCUGGGGUACAUGUUUGACAACCUCACAUGGUGUGGAGACGCAGGCAAGACAGAAAUGAACUAUAAGUCUUGCCCAGUCUGCAGCAGCAGCGCUGUUAACGUAUUUUGGAAAGCGGCUUCCAAAGCGCUUGCAGAAACUGCCUGUGGUGUGGUCUAUGUGAUGCUCAGUGGGUCCAUCAAGAACGCCUUCGACCCAAACAGCGUUUUUGGAAGCGUGGAAGUUGUCAAUUUGAAUCCAAACAAAGUUCGUUCACUGCAGGCCUGGGUGAUGACCGACAUUGGAGGAGUUGCCAGAGAUUCAUGUUCAGGUUCUUCUAUAAAUGAACUGGAAUCAAUAUUAAAACAAAAGAGUAUUCAAUUUACCUGCCUGGAUGAUUACAAGUAA